UCAGCGGAUAGAGUUCCUCAUCAUCACAUACACAAAACACAAAGUUCAAAAUGGCUUCCAAGUCAAUGCUUCUUGUUGCCUUACUUGUCGGUUCUUUAGCUCUCACUUCAUUUGCUAGUGUCCCUAACAGGAAGCUUAAGAGUGGUCUCGAGGAUCAAAAGACGUUCUUCCACCAUCCAGGCGGUGGUCUUGGUGGAGGCGGUGGCCUUGGAGGAGGAGGCGGCCUUGGUGGAGGAGGCGGCCUUGGUGGAGGAAGCGGCCUUGGUGGAGGAGGUGGUCUUGGCGGAGGAGGCGGCCUUGGCGGAGGAGCUGGUGGCGGUUUAGGUGGAGGAGCUGGAGGCGGUGGUGGUUUAGGUGGAGGAGCUGGAGGUGGCGGUGGUUUAGGUGGAGGAGCUGGUGGUGGAGCAGGAGGAGGAUUUGGCGGAGGAGCUGGAGGUGGUGCUGGUGGAGGUGCUGGUGGUGGAUUUGGAGGUGGAGCUGGUGGUGGAGGUGGACUCGGAGGUGGAGGUGGAGCCGGUGGUGGAUUUGGAGGAGGAGCAGGUGGUGGAUUCGGUGGUGGAGCGGGUGCUGGUGGUGGUUACGGCGCCAGUGGACUUCCAUGAUGAGAUCUAUAUGUGUAACGUUAAAGGAUGGAGUGCAAUGCAUGGCAACGUAUUACAAAAAACACUAAAAAACGAUUUCAACUAAAUUAAGUCAUUCAUUCCAUCAUUUUGUGUCAUUACGUUGUCAUUAUUAUCGAGCUCUUAAGAAAUAAACGAAUUAGUUAAAAUAAUAA